CAGAACAAACUGCGAGUUGAGUUUUGGCCACUCAAACAUGGAAAUGUUGAACGGACAGCGCAGAACUAACUCGGCACUCUGAAUUGGACGAUAGUAUACCUUGCUAAGUGAGUGAUGAUUGAUUUGGAUAUGUCAGCACCGCUGGGCGCUCAUCCGCACACUCCAUCAUUCCUGGACUGGGGAAAGUAAGAAACCACCUGUUGUGAAUGCUUUCUGGAACUUCCCACGGAUAUACCUCUGCGGUUAAAACAAGACAUUGGAAAGGCGUGCGCAGAACGCACAGAGACAUGUAAAGCCGUUAAUUAUGUCGCCAUGGUGGCACGGGUUAAGAUGAUGAGUCCUGUCUUGGCCACCGAUUGCUGUUGCGCUCAGAAUGGCUCGCGAGGACGCGGUGAGGUGCCUGCGCUGCCUGCUCUACGCUCUCAAUUUACUCUUCUGGCUCAUGUCGAUAUGUGUCCUGGGGGUGGCUGCUUGGCUCAGGGACUACCUGAACACUGUGCUCACCUUGACAGCUCACACCAGGCUGGAGGAAGCAGCAGUCCUCACCUAUUCUCCGGCUGUCCAUCCCGUCAUCAUUGCAGUGUGCUGUUUUCUUAUCAUCGUGGCCAUGGUGGGCUACUGUGGCACACUGAAAUGCAACCUUCUACUCCUGUCCUGGUACUUUGGCAGUUUGUUGGUGAUCUUCUGUGUAGAGUUGGCCAGUGGGGUGUGGACGUAUGACGAGCCUUCAGUUCAUAGGUCAGAUAUGAUCAGUCUGAAGUCCAGGAUGCCCAACUAUGGCCUGCAGCGUUACCAGUGGCUAACACACACCUGGAACACCUUCCAGACUGAGUUUAAGUGCUGUGGGGUCAUCUACUUCACUGAUUGGCUGGAGAUGACAGAGAUGGAGUGGCCACCAGACUCCUGCUGCUCCAAUCAGUAUCCAGGUUGUGCUCGACAUGCCCACUACCGUGACCUCAGUGACCUUCACCAAGAGGGCUGUGGGCCGAAGAUCUACAGUUUCAUCAGAGGAACUAAGCAGCUGCAGGUGCUGCGUUUCCUGGGUGUGUCUAUAGGAGUGGCCCAGAUUCUGGCCAUGACCCUGACCCUAACCCUGCUCUGGGCCCUCUACUACGACCGCAAGCCCCCCGAGCCCACCCCGCUCGACCCCCCACCAGGAACCGACCCUGGACCUCUAACCAUCACCCACGGACCCCAAGGGGAGGCUCCUAAAUCGGGUAACACUCGUCUGGCUGAGGCCUGGUCCAAUGCUGCGACCACGUCUAACGGACAUGGACACACCCAGUUUGAGAUGGAGAGGCUGUCCUAGCGGGGGGUACACUGUCUACCCAUCUGCCCCUCACACUACCCCUCAUCCCUACUUCCCAGACACUGAGAGAGGGAAAUAAUAAGGGGAUGAGGAGAAAGUGUGAGACUAGAUGAGGGGAGAGAAGGGGGUUGAGAAAAAGAGGGUAGGAACUAUGAGAGAGAUUGGGCACAGGUGCAGGAGCAUGAAUGCCCCCCCCCCAUGCCCCCUCUCUUUCCCGUAGAACAACAUGUCAAUGACAUACUGGACUGUGGGACUUUUUAGGACUAUUUUGUCACAGCUGGGAUUGGAAAUUGUAAGGGAAACUAAAUAACUAAGUCAAUGCUUGCUCCUGUAGCGUCACCACUAUCCAAAAGUGAGGAGCGGAGGGAAUCGUUUUAGUUUUCCCAACAUUCCUCCUCCUCGUUGGGAAUGUUUGGGAAUAUCACCACUAGCACUGACUGGAUGAAACCUGUUCAGCAAAGACUGCUGUAAGGACAUGUCAACUCUUCAUCUCACUCAAAACACACCAAACCAAGGAAAUUCAGUUUAUCUGGAUAUUUGGAAAUAUCAUGUCUUAAUUUGACAGACCUGUUGGAAUCCACAGGAACCACUCAGCCAUAUUCAUGAGCGUUUGUGCACCAGUCAGAGUGUAUUAUCGUUGUCUACUAUAAACGGAACAUGAUGUUGGCUAUUUA